UUUAAAUCUCUGUGAAGCAAAUGGUCUUGGUAACAGAGAAACAGUGAUAUCAGAUGAAAGAAAGAGGAAGGAAAGAAGAAAUUCUUAAAUAUUUUCCAAAGGAAGAGACUCUUUACAAUCAGACAUGGAACGGGGUUACAAGAUUGCCACACGUUUAGGAAAUAAAAAAGACUUGUGCAUGUUUCUAGCCCUUCAUAUGGAGAAUUCUCCAAUGUGUGUUAGCCCAUCUGAAAAGUUCAAUAAAACUGGGAUUGUUGUGUGUGAGUCAGACAAAAUACACAAAGUGGUAGCAAUGAGCUGCUCCAGAGAAAACUUACAUGCUGUGCAACAUGUCAUGCUGAACGUUCCCUGUUCUUUGAGUAACUGCACUGUGUAUUUGUCCAGGAAACCCUGCUCCACCUGUACUACAUUUCUCAUUCAAGGAUCAGUUUCUUCAGUCUAUUACUGGCCAAUGUCUCCAGAACUAAAAGGGGAAGAUUCAGCAGUUGAGGAAGAUCUCAAGCAAGUUGACCAAAUGUUUCUCAGAAGUAAUAUAAGUAGCAGUGUUUUUCUACCAAUCACAGACUCUGACACUGUAUUUAAGAUUUCAUCUAGAAUCAAAAUAUACAAGUGCACAGAAUGCAGUUCCCAUUAUGCUGAGGCUGUCCCUAAAGACAUGGAAAAAAAUAGUUCAUUGCUUAAUAUGCAAGGCCAUAUAAGGAUAUGUGCAGAGCAGAUGAAGAAUUCAUUGUGUUGCCUUGAUUGUUUACUGCAUUGUCCCCAUGGAAAAUUUGAAAAAAAAGAAAAGAUUGAUGUGGAAAAAAUGCAUACACAUGCAUUGCAGCUUUGUUAUCUUUUAGCAGCAAGAUCUGAUGAUCCAGAUCGAGGUGUGGGUUGCAUAUUAUACAGUCAGAAUGGAUAUUUUUUUGGGGCAGGUUAUAAUGGAUACCCUAUUGGUGCAAUAUUUGCAAACCUGCCUUGUGCAGGUAGAAACAUCAAAAAAGAGUCAGGAACAGCAAAAGGACCAGUCCUUAUCCAUGCUGAAGCAAAUGCUCUACUUUUCAGAGCUCGGAAGAAUCAGGAGAUCAAACUGAAGCUGCUGCUGAUGGAGCACUCCCUGUGA